AUGGACCACUCCAUCGUGGGCACCACCACCAUGGAUCAACACAACCACAUGGCUCAAGACGAAGAUAGCCACAUGUCCCACAGUCACACACCUUUCGGCAAUGAGAGCUGGAGCGACAUGAACUCGUAUAAUCACCAAAGCAACAUGUCGGAUUAUGGAGGCUUUGCUGCCUUUAUGCCCGCCCAUCCCCAUGGCCUGCCGUCCGAAUCGCUCGCUAGAAUGCCCCCUCCUCCAACGCCCAACCAACCGAUACAGCCUCAGCAACAGCAAUCCCAUUCGCAGCUUCCAAUGCUCAUGAUACCUUCUCAGCCGACAUGGCCUAGCAUGUUGACAAAUCCCAACAGCUAUUCGGCACCGCCUUUGGGGAUGGCUCCCGUGCCACCUCCUGUGCCGCCGAGAGCAGGCAGGAUGGGCAACGGUGCCCAGCCUCAACAGCGAAGAGUCUUAACCGACGAAGACAGAAAGAAAAUGUGCCAGUAUGCUGCUGAGCACCCAAAUGUCAAGCAAACGGACAUUGGCGCCAUGUUUGGUGUAGAGCGAAGCACCGUAUCCAAGGUUCUCCGGAAUAAGGAGAAAUACUUGAACCCGGAAGCAGACAGAAGUCAAUCCCCUGCUGGCAGACGGCAGCAGAAGGGCAAGUUUCCUGACAUUGACCGCGGCGUCAUGUCGUGGUACAGAAAACAGGUCCAAGCCGGUUUGACUCCUGGUGAUGAAGAAAUAAUCGAACAAGCGAAACACUUCUCCAGAUCUGCCAGUGGCACCGAAGGCAGUCAGAUGAAGUCACUCAAUGCCACAUGGCUUGAAAGGUUCAAGCAGAGAAACAUUCUGGUGGGGGGUAAACUCUCCCGCAGGGCAUCCGAGACCAACAUCACAAAUCACUCGAAACUAUCUGGCUCUCCAUCCUUGGGAGCAUCCGGCAUCUCUCCAGCCUCGCCGACAGGUCAGCAAUCUCCUCUGUCUGCCGACAGAAGCGACGACGACGUUGUUCACGGACUGGGGUUCGUCAGCUACGGGGAGGGCGCUGCUUACAAACACUCAAACUCCCAGAGUACGAAUUCUCUCAACAGCGCGUUGACCGACACAGGAAACUCCUCCUUCUCCGGGAGCGCCAUGAGUCCCACGGGAACAUUUACCUUUUCCCCUGACCCCAACGCAGGAGCCUUUCUCCCCCCUGAUUCGUCUCGUCAGAUGCACGGCGGAGCAGCUUCCAACUUCCAGAGACCCAGGAGCCAGACAUUUCCGAACAUUGACGUGGAGUCAAUGUAUCAGACCGCAACCGCUGAGCCGAUGACCCCGAAAUACCACCCGGCAUCUACGGCACCGUCCUCUGCGCUCGAGUCGCCCAUUUACGAAAUGUCCGCACCGCACUUUGCUCUUGAUACCGCCAUUGCUUCAUCCCCACAUCUGCACCACAGCAGUAGCAACAGCAGCAUUGCUGGCCGAUCAGUAGCUACGCCCGCAGGGUCUUCUCCCACAUCACCGACACAAGAGGAUGCUAGGAGGGCAGCAGACACGCUACUCAACUUCAUCCAAAGCAGAGCUGCGAGUGGCUUGGUGGACCAGAAAGACUAUCAGGUCAUGCUUAAGUUGACAGAGAGACUCGGGGUCCAUCAACAGCAAGUUGCCAAGUCCUCUGUUGGUGGCUUGGAUCGAAUCCCUGAGGGUGACACGGAGACAUUACCGCACCACCAACAAAUGUCUUUCGAAGUCAAGCCUGAAGCAGUCCUGACCCAGUGA